GCCUUCCAUCUUCCCUUUUCGUCGGCUUCGUUGCUUCGCAGGAGGUGUAGAGAUUGCACGAGUCGCUUCUUCGGCUCCUUUGUGGCUGUUCGACUUCGCUCCUUCGACAACUUUCCCUUCCUGUCGGAUCGGAAGUUACGACAUUUUGAUCGGAAGCAACAACGCCCUUUCGCGCGCUUCUUCGGCCAAAUCCCAUAAAUCCGCCGAACCGAGGGAUUUAAAAGGUUCGAAUUUUUAUCGUAAAUGUUCGUUUUUUCAUGUAUUAGAGCAUUGUGAAGAGUUGGAAGAGGUGAUGGAGGAAGCGGAAGAGAAGGGAGAGAUUGGAGCAGCAGAAGGUUUAGGACAUCCUAUCCAAACCUCAUAUAGAUUCAAAAUCGCAGAAAUAUUAAAGAGCCUACACUCCCCGGAACUUGUUAUUUACUCAGAGGCUUCAAAACACUUUAUUUAUUUGUUAAGGGGUGAUUCUGGUGGAGAUGUUCUCCGUGAAUAUGUUCAGCUGUCCCCAAAAUGUGCAGAGCUUUUGGAAGCUUGGAGGCUUCACGUGGGGAAGCCUGGAAUGUCUUUCAUACUGUCAUUGGUUUCAGUUAUACUUGGCCAUUCAGAUGGGAAGUCUCAGUUUGAUUCUGUAAAAAGGAGCCUUGAUUUUUUUGCAAGGUCUUUAAUUGAGAAUAAAUUGGAGGAUAUUUAUGCAGAGCUUAAUAGUCAGGAAUCAAGGAGACAGAGUGCAGCAUUAUCUCUCUUAACAUCUAUUGUCAGGCGGAGAAUGGGCUUAGCAUUAGAGGUUGCUAAAAGAUUUGAUUUCAAGCUCCCUAUUCUUUCGAAGCUUUGUGGUGUUCACAAGAAAAAGCUUGGAAAUGAUUUUAAGCCUAGCAAGAGGCUUUCAACUAGACGGGCUUUUGUUGGAUUUGCCAUGUCCUUCUUAGAAGCUGGAAAUCCUAGACUCUUAAGGUGGAUCCUUCAGCAGAAGGAAAUGUACUAUGGGGUGCUCCGUGGGCUUGCAAAUGAUGACACUGAUACAAUUAUUUUUGUUUUAUCCGCAUUGCAUGACAAGCUUCUGAAAGUGGAUUCACUUGUCUCCCCAGCGCUGCGCAGUGUUCUUUUUGGAAGUGCCACACUUGAGCAAUUGAGCUUUAUUUCGGGAAACCCAUUAGCAGGGCCUGCUGCCAACGUUGCUCAUGAUGUUUUAGUUAUAGUCUGUACCAAUCCCCAGAAUGGGCUCAUGCCAGGUCCAGGCUUGAAAGGGAAUACAAAACGGCUGUUAGAUCUUAUGAAGAAGCUGAAAGGUACAGAAGUAGCACAUCAUAAGCAGUUGCUUCUGGCCAUUGUCAAAAAGGAAGCAAAUUUAUGUUCAGCUUACCUGAAUGAGUUCCCUUACCAUCUUGAACCUCGCUCAUCUUCAUCCUGGUUUUCUGCCAUUUCUCUUGCUGCUGACCUAGUCUCCACCAUAAAUAUUGAUUCGAUUAUUGCUUCUAAGUUAGGUGAAAAACUAGCUACAAGCAUCGAGGAUCUGCAUGAGACAUUGAAAUGUAUCAUUCCACGAGCUUUUACAAGGUCAAUGAUAAACAAGGGGUUGCUUCAUUCAGAUGAUAUUGUAAAGCAUGGUUCUUUGAGAUUCAUUCUAGAAUUAUUGAAGUCAGUGGAUGAUCUAUUGACAUCAUUGGAUAUUAUGAUUCAGCGCACUGUUGUAAGACAAGAAGCAGAUUUUUGUGCGGAAAAUAUGGCUAGCAUGCAUAAUUUUCCUGGAUUAAAUUACUUUGUGCCCGUGGACGAGCACUUAGAUGAUGAUGGGAUCUCUUCUUUUCCUUCUGAUGAAGUUUUAACCCAACGCUGUGUUGCCUUGAAGCAUUAUAUUCAGAAUGAGAUCCGUGCAGAGCUUCCAGACCCUCAGGUUUUGUUGAAGUUGCUCUCUUCAUCAAGUGCAAACUUUUCAGGCCUAGGUGUAAAGAGACCUGCAAAUUUUCCUAACAUUGGAUUAAAAAAACAAAAAUUAGAUGAAGUAAGUGAAAACCUUGAUAUUUUUGUAAGUGGGCUGGACAAACCGCUAGCCAAUGAUAUUGCUGGAGAUUCAUUAGAAGUGGCGGCUGCUCAAAUCUCAGAAGUAGAGAAUGAUCACUUUUCUGCAGCAUACGAGAUUUGGGGAUUGCCUAAAAAGGGUACUUUUGAUAAUAAAUUAAAGGAUUUGAAUAGUUUCUUUCAGUCAAAGUUGCUCGAUGUUCUUAAAAUUUAUUUGCGAACAAUGCCAAUUGCUUUUGAAGGAUCGUUUGACUUCUUCAAAAUCCUACCAGCUAAUCCUUCAACCUUAUCUAUUGAUCACCAGCGAUCUCUAUUGUCUCUACUUGUUGAAUGCAUUCAACCAUCUUCACAAAACCGGAUUUCAGCUGGAUUGCUGUACAAGCACUUGUAUCCUUUGAUAAAUUUCCUGAUAUUUUCUCAAGUCAAGGAUAUUAAAAGUCAAGCAUAUGCUUUGGUGCGAGCUGCAAUGAUCAGCACUGGUGCCUUUGAUAAAGAUCUCUCAGAAAUUGAUGCUUGGUUUGUUUUUUUACCCGUUUCUGUUAACAAUAUUAAUGCUGAUCAAAGCCAAGGAGUAGAAGCACUUUGCAACCAGUCUGCAAUUGUUGUUUCAUUUCUCUGUGAAGCAGUUUCAACAAUUGGUAACAAUCUAUACAAGCAUCUAGACCAGAUCCGUAAACUUCUCUCUGCAGUUGAUGUAUAUGAUCAUUCCGUAUCUUUCAGUCCUCUUGUCAUUUGUAUCCUUCAAAAGUGCCUCAGGCUGCUCGAGUCAGAUUCUGAAACCUUAAAGUUACAUGAGAGUUCUCUGAUUUCUUUAUAUGUGGGCAAUACAUUGAGAUUAAUUAUGCAAUCUCAGGUGGAUAUGAGAACGCUACCUAGUCUCAUAUAUAUGCUUCUAUAUGAAAUAUUUGAAGAUCAUUCUUCAGCAGAUGAGAAUCCAAGGAAUUCCCUGUGUGAAUGGAGGCCGUUAAAAAAUCUGUUUGGCUUUGCUUGCAAUAUUUUAGAUGAACAGGUCUGCGUCUUGCAUUCUGUUUCUGGUUAUAACUUUGAAAAAAGUGAAGACUCUUUCUCUUCAGUACUUGCUGAUGUGGAAGAACUUCUAAGACAUGCACAAGGGGAAAGGGUAGAUGGAUUGGCUGUGGCCUUCACAUCAUCUAUUCUAUGUGCUGCUCCUGAUGAUAUACUGGUAAAUCUUCCUUCUAUUCUAGCCAUUAUGCAGCGAAGUUUCCCAACACAUCUACCAUUCUUGAGUUCAGUAUUUUUUCAAGAACCUAAGCUUCUUGUUAAUAUUAGGGAACUUUGGCCCAAAAUGUUCAUUUCUGGUUUUGAAUUGAUUAACCAAGCAGUUGACCGUAGUUAUGGAGGAGAUGUUGGGUAUGAAUUCUCAAGCAAUGAGUCAAUAUUGGCAACCAAUCUUGAUUCCAUGGAAUUCUCAGCUUCUGCAUUCUGCUUUUUUCUUAAGCACUCUCCAUUCUAUGUACUAUUGCCAUCAAUCUUGAGCUUCGCUACUUGGGAAUCACAUUCAACUGGAAUUCAGGAGGUUUUUCCUUCAAAUAAAAUGCUAGAGUUGCUUAAAGUCAAGGUUUCUGAAGACUCAAUUGACGACUCUAUCUUGCAUCUGAAAUAUGUGCUGUUUUGGACUUACCAUAUGUUCUUACUGUACAAAGAAAAGCAAUCCGAUAUCAUCAGUGAAUUGCUCCUAAUGUGUAUUACUGUUGUUCAAGAUUUAAUGGAUCAUCUUCUUGCAGUGAUGUUCAACCAAGCUGAUUUAAAAGUUUGCUAUCUUUCUUCAGUUGGACAGUAUGCACAGUUUAUUGUUGAGCUCAUCUUUUGUCAUCCCAUUGUGACCCUGUACAUCUCAAAUCCUUUGUAUUUCAGCAGGAAAUUUACAACUGCAGCUUUUGGAAUUUCUCUAGACUCUUUUCUAACUACUUUUAAACAAAACAUUCAUUCUAUAGACCAAUGCAUGUUACAGUUGUUGAGGAAGCUUUUUGAGUUUUUGUUUGUUUUGAGUGGCGCUAUUAGUUCAUCUGAAAUACAUAAUUUUGAUUGGGAGUCACUUAUAAGAGUUAAAAACACGCUGAUACAGAAGAUUUUGCUGGCUUUCAGAGAGGAGUUUGAGCUACUUGUUGUUAGUAAAAAUACAGGACGUUUUCUCGCUAUAUUUUACAUAUUUCUGUCCUUGAUGGAAUUUAUUUCACUCUACGAUUUAUUGGACUUGGUACAUUGGAUGUUCUGCAAAAUUGAAAGCAACUUUUCAGACGACACAUCACCAUUGGAGUAUGCUGUUUCUGUUGGCUUGUAUAUUGCAGAUGGUUCACUAGAUAUGCUAUACAGCCUUCUACAGGAGUCAACAUCAAAGUUCAAAUCUAAUAUUUUUUUGGAAGGAUUAAAAAGUUUUGACGCAUCCCUUGUUCCGAAAAUUUUUUAUAAGAUAAUUGACUUCUCUUUAUGUUUUCAUCUAAACAAAUCUGAUAUCUGCUUACUAAAGACUGUGAAUGUUGUAUAUUAUCAUCGACGCAUGAAACCUUCAAAUGCUCUCCUCCCAUUGCAUGUAUUGCUAUCUAGCAUGAUCUUUAACAUUCCUGUGAAGAUGCUUAUUUAUUGCAUCUAUUCUAUCAGUAAGAUUAAUGCAAAAACAGUGUUGCUGCUUACUGAAGUCAGUCCUAUUCAUAUGCGCCUCUUUGGAAAAAUAUUUUUGGCAAUUUUAGACAAUAGUCUGUCUGCAAUGGAUGUUUCAAAUGCUGGUGUUAUGCGACCAUGUAGGGGUAAAAUGACCAGCAAUUCAAAAGACCGCUUUUCAAAUGACGAUCUUUUGCUUCUUUUGCCUGUUGCUUUAUCAUAUUUCGUUUCUUCCUUAGAUAAACAUGGAGAGCAGGGUUUUCAACCUUUUAUGAAAAUUCCCCUCACUUAUGCAAAUAUUCUUUUGGACGGUUUCUCUACUUGGGACGCCUUCGUCUCGCAGGAGAUUUUCCAGGAAGAUGUUGAUGAAUUUUCACCACACUCUUUGGAGGAAUUUAACAAAUUUUGCUGCAACUCCUUAAUUGGGAAGGCAAUUGGCAUGCUCCAUUAUUUUUUUGUAUUAAAUGGGAGUUCGGUUAGAUGGAAGAAAAGGUUGAAGCUAUUUGAUAGUAUAUGCCCUCAGUCAAGCUUUUUUGAUGGACAUUUAAGUUGUGGCGAUGAGGGUUUGGACGCUUGUUCAUAUAAGGAGUCUUUGAAGGUGAUUAAUGAAGUUGCUGCUAAGGUAUCCUUUAUGAGGUUGCUCUUAUUUUUUCCAGAGUGUUCAAUCCAGUCUAUGGGCUUCUUGGAGGAUGAAAGUGUCAAGCACAUAUUCAUGGGAAAGGAAUCUGGCCAAUUGAACCAGGCAAAACUAAGGUUUAUGAACAUCCUAAUCAAUACGUUGGACCAUAUUUGGAAGCAGUUUCCCCUGAAAGUAGAUAGCUCAGUAGCAGGUUGUGCCACCAACUGUUAUGUAGUAUUUAGAUUCCUAGAGAAUUUAAUUUUAAAGGAAAUUGUCAAGUUGUCCAAGGAGAUGCAUAGCUAUUUGAUUGAAAUCUCCUCUUUUUCUUUUGCGAAUGGUUUCAUAAGGUCAUCUCUUCUCCACAGAUUUGAGGAUUAUGCUACACUAAGAGGCAUUCGUUGCUUUCUUGUUGCAUUGUCAGGUUCAAAGUUUUCCUUUGGUGAUGUUCUUGAGCUUCUGAUUGGUCACUCUGCUUUCGUGAAAAUUAUUUUAUCGAAUCUUCCUAUCUCUGAUUCUUCUGUUUUCUCCAGUGGGGCAUUGCUUCAGCCACUUAACAGCGUUCUGAAACUAGUUGAUGUUUCUUGUAGUCUACAGAAUAUCCGUCAUAAUGAACCAUCUCCCAAAGUGAGGCGUGAUUGUUAUUCUGUUGAGGAUGUAAAACUUGAAGUAGUGAGGUUACUUAGAAUAUUAUUUCAUCUCAGGGAUGGGACUGCUAGAAUGGGUUGCUUCAAUUCAAAAGAAUUGCUUUCUUUGCUUUUAUGCGGCUAUAGUGCAACCCAAAGUCAGAUUGACCUUGAGAUAUUUCAUCUAAUGCAGGAGAUAGAGUCACUUGAAGGGCCAGAUAAUGUGAACUUGGAGGCACUAGAUUAUAUGUGGGGUGUUGCUGCCUUGAAAAUGAGGAAGGAGAAAACUCAUGAUAUAUUAUUACCAUCCAAUGGGACAUCUGAUUGUGAAACAAUUGAAGAACGAAAGAUACACUUUAGAGAGAACAUUCCAGUUGAUUCAAAAGUAUGUGCUGUCACAGUACUGCAUUUAUGCAAUGAUAGAUCAUCACGCAUUUCAUUGUCUCUGGAAAGUCUUUUAGAAGACGCAACUAUCAAAUAUCCAAAGAUAGUGGCAUCUUCAGGGAAAGACAUCAUUCAACCAUAUGAUCCAUCAUUUAUGUUACGGUUUUCAAUUCAUAGUUUAUCAAUGGGAUACCUCGAACCUGUAGAGUUUUCUCGGCUUGGCUUACUAGCAGUUACAUUUGCUAGUAUAUCUUCAUCUGAUGGAGAAGUACGAAGGCUAGGGUAUGAUUGCCUCGGAAGGUUCAAGAUUUGUUUGGAGAAGAGUCGAAAAGGCAAGGAUUUGUUGCAGCUGCUGCUUCUUUUGACAUACUUACAGAAUGGCAUAACAGAAGCAUGGCAGGAAAUUCCAUCAGUUUUUGCAAUAUUUGCUGCAGAAGCUUCUCUCACGUUAUUGGACCAUUCACAGAAUUAUUUCCUUACAAUAAGUAAAUUCCUAAUGCGUUUCCCUAGGGUGAACUUGAAGGCUAUUCCACUAUUUCAUACAUUGUUUGGAAGCAGAUCUAUCCAUUUCAGCACAGAACGUUUAUGGAUUCUACGUCUAUUGUGCGCUGGGUUGAAUUCACCUGAUGAUGCGAAGCUUUACUUGAGAAAUAACGUCCUGGAUGUAUUAUUAAGCUAUUCUUCUUCCUCACUUGCAGAUUAUGAAUUUAAGAUUCUCACGCUCAUGGUUGUCAAUGAUGUAGUAUCUUCUGGUAUGGUUUGUGAAUGGCUGCAAGAUUGUGCCCUUGAGCAGUUGUCAGAGUUUUCAUUGCUUCUACUUCAGCUGUUUGUGGGUUCUGUGAAGCUUCUCAAGGAAGAUAUUUCGUUAGUACAUGCAAUGUUAACUGUGAUAACAUCCACUAUGAGAUUGUCACAGAAAAGAAAUAUAUACCAGCCACAUUUUUCCUUAUCACUUGAGUGUUUAUUGCAAUUAUUCCAGGCUGUCAAUGUUAAAUUUGGUAACUUGGGGCAUACCAUUGAACUUGGGAUGAAUGCCAUUCUCAUGGCCAUACCUACACCAGUUGCAUCACAAGUGAUGGAUUCCUACAGAAGGCGACUCAACGGAUCCACUUCAAGAUCGUCUAUACAAGCUUCAGUAUCACAUGUUCCUAUGUGAUCAAAAUUCGAGAAGUACAAAAGGUAUCUACAAACAACAGUUCGAAA